AUGCAUCUCAUCCUCACCGGCGCAACCGGACUCGUCGGCAGCGGGGUCUUACACGCCAUGCUCACAACCCCCAGCGUCUCCAAAAUCUCCAUCCUCUCUCGCAGGCCCGUCCCAAUGGCAGAAGGCCACGCCAAAGCACACGUUAUAAUCCAUAAAGACUACACGAAGUACCCGAGCGAGCUUAUGCAGCAGUUGCGCGAUGCGGAUGGAUGCGUUUGGGCGCAGGGCAUAAAAAUCACAAACACAUACCCCCUCCUAUUCGCGCGCGCCCUCGCCGCCUCCACCGCCCCCAAGCCCGUAACCUUCAUCUACGUAUCCGGCGAAGGCGCCACCACCUCCCCCGGGCGCUUCACGCCCAUCUUCGGCGUAACCAAAGGCCGUACCGAAGCGGAUCUCCUCGCGCUUUCCAAGGAAGCGGGCUCGAACCUUAGAGCGAUUAGUUUAAGGCCCGGCGGCGUGGAUCCUACACAUCAUGAGGAGAUCGCGGGGUUCUAUCCGCAGAGAACUGGGAUUGAGGGUUUUGGGGGGCUGAUUCUGCCGGUGCUGAGGACAGUGUAUUCCGCGAUGGUUAGUCCGACGAGGGAUUUGGGGAGGGUGUUGACGGAGUUGGCGAUGGGGGAUGGGGCGCCGUUGGAGGGGAAGGGAGUGGAGGGGGAGGGGAGGACGGUUACAAAUGUUGGGAUGAGGAGGUUGGCUGGGCUGUGA